UGUAAAAUUUGCUUAGAAGUUGAGAAAAUGAAGAAAGAAUGGAGCUUUGUUCUUGGAUUAUUGGGAAUUUUGCUUCAACUAUUUUUGCUGGCUGAAUCUUCAUUAACAAAACAGAAUGUAUUAAAGAAAAAUAGUCAACAAGACCAGCAAGCUUUUCCACCAGUGCAAAUUCUAAGACUGGAUGAUGAUUAUGUUGUGGUGGAUAAUGGAAUAUUUAAUAUUACUUUUUCUGUUCCUGGUGGAAUGGUCACUGGAAUACAAUAUAAUGGAAUUGAUAAUUUAUUGGAAAAUGGAAAUAAAGAUGAUAACAGAGGGUAUUGGGAUAUUGUUUGGAACAAACCAGAUGAAAAAGGGAUUUUUGACAAACUUCAUGCAACAGAUUUUAAGGUUAUUAUGGAAGAUGAAAAUCAAGUGGAGCUUUCAUUCACAAGGACUUGGGAUUCUUUAAAUUCCAAACAACUUUCCAUGAAUAUUGACAAAAGGUUUAUAAUAUUAAGAGGAAUUUCUGGAUUUUAUUGUUAUGGAAUUUUGGAACGUUUAGAAGGAUGGCCAGAUAUUGAUGUUUACCAAGGAAGAAUUGUCUUCAAGCUCAAGGAAAAAUUGUUCCAAUAUAUGGCAAUUUCAGAUGAAAGACAAAGGAUUAUGCCAACGGCCCAUGAUCGUGAAGUGGGCCAAAAACUUGAUUAUAGUGAAGCUGUUCUUCUUACAAACCCAAACAAUUCUUUCAUCAAAGGAGAGGUUGAUGACAAAUAUCAAUAUUCUUGUGAAAACAAGGAUAACCGGGUCCAUGGAUGGAUCAGCCCGACUCCACGAACCGGGUUUUGGAUGAUUACACCAACCGAUGAGUUCAGAACUGGUGGGCCCGUCAAACAAGACCUUACUUCUCAUACCGGCCCAGUAAAUCUAAAUAUGUUCUUUAGUACACAUUAUGCUGGAGAAGUAUUGGGACUAAAAUUUAGAAAUGGAGAGCCCUGGAAAAAAGUUUUUGGCCCUGUUUUUGUCUACAUGAACUCACUUUCACCUGAUGAGCCAGACACUCUCACACUUUGGACCGAUGCAAAAGAACAAAUGUUCGUUGAGACUGAAAAUUGGCCGUAUAAUUUCCCUCUUUUGGAGGAUUAUGCUCGAGCUGAUCAACGUGGUAUUGUAAGUGGCAGAUUGCUCGUUCGAGAUAGAUAUGUUAGCCAAAGUCUUAUGAUUGCAAAUUCAGCUUUUAUUGGACUGGCUGCUCCUGGAAAUGUUGGAUCUUGGCAAUUAGAAAAUAAGGCUUAUCAAUUUUGGACUCAAACUGAUAGUGAGGGAUAUUUCUUGAUCAAGAAUGUUAUUCCUGGGAACUAUAGUUUAUAUGCUUGGGUGCCUGGAUUUGUUGGAGAUUACAUGUACGAUCCGUACAUUAUUGUCACCCCAGGAUCAAGAAAAAGGGUAGAAACUCUUAUAUAUGAUGCUCCAAGAAAUGGUCCAACAUUGUGGGAAAUUGGAAUUCCUGAUAGAACAGCUGCUGAAUUCUUCAUCCCUGAUGCACAACCAAAACUCUUGAACCAAUUAUAUGUUGUACAUAAUCAAGAAAGGUAUAGGCAAUAUGGAUUAUGGGAUAGGUAUACAGAGAUAUACCCUGAUGAUGAUUUGGUGUUUACUAUUGGAUUAAGUAACUAUCAAACAGAUUGGUUCUUUGCUCAUCUCAAUAGAUAUUUUUACAAUGAUGAUGGGAACAAGACUUAUGCACCAACAACAUGGCAAGUUCUAUUUGAUCUUGAAGAUGUUGAUCAGUCAUCAAACUAUACUCUUCAACUAGCAUUGGCCUCAGCACAUGAAGCUGAAUUGCAAGUUCGAUUCAAUGAUCCAGAAAUCGAUGCUCCUCACUAUUCGACAGGGUUGAUAGGGAAGGAUAACGCGAUAGCAAGACAUGGUAUACAUGGAAUAUACAGACUAUAUACUAUAAAUGUUCCUGGCUCUCUCCUUGGUUUUGGAACAAAUAUUAUGUAUCUCAAGCAAAGUAGAGGUGAUAGGCCUUUUAGAGGACUUAUGUAUGAUUAUAUUCGUCUCGAAGGUCCUUCAGAUGAAAGCGAUUAGUCUGAAGGAAUUAAUGUUUGACUUAAACUUUUAGAUGAUAUAGAACGACGAAUUUUUUGGAUG